GAACGAUUAGGGACAUUGCAGCAAGCGCGACACGAGACGGCGGUACGGCAGGUCGUCAUCGACAACUUUCAUCGCAAAUUCGCACUUUUGGUUUUUCUCUGCAGCUUAACGACCUCCGGUAAGAGGUCGCCCCUCAAAAACGGUGCAAAUUUUGCACAAAGUGAUAAAGAAAAAGUAAUAGUUACUACGUCUUCCAAUUGGAGCAGCCGUGGAGGCAAACGUGAUAAUAUUAUGUUAUGCUUGAAAGGUGAUUUUACAAGUGCGGGCGUUUGUUUGAUUAUUAGCUGUGAAUAAUUUUCAUUAAUCAAAAUAUUUAGUGGAAAAGAAGCUUGUUGUCGUUCGAAUGAAGCAUUGUGUGGCUAAACAAAAGUGAAGCAAGGGAAGUUUUACAUUUUGAAAGGAAAAUUGAAUAUUUAUAAAGGCAGUAACAAAAUGGCAAUAUCCAGACAACGAAGCGUACCCAUCAGGAUACCAGCGCAGACGUUCACCUCCGGCAGCCUGUUCUUCAUACUCGUCCUUGGACUGAUUGUGGACCCCAAAGUCACCUCGGCGCGGCUCAAAUUCCCCAACUACGAGGCACGGUACAUCAACGAUUUCAUCAACUACACCCGCCCGGCAGCGGACAUCAUGGAACCCAUUUUCUACGAUUACGAUGCCGAUUCAUCGCGGAACGCCUACAACCGGGAGUACGAAAACGGCCUGGCCGGACUAGGCUACCGCGUUCCGCUUCCUUUGGCAUCGGAACAGGAAGGCAGUAGCAGCAGCAGUAGCACCUCUUCGCAGGAGGAUGAAGUCACCCGACCACCAGACAUCUAUCCCGAUCCGGACCAUAUCUACGCCACGUUCCUCAACAAGAGCACCAUGAAGAGGAACCGUUAUCCCGGGGAGGAAAAUGUGAUUAAAGUUUAUUCCGGGAAAUCUCUCCGAAAGAGUCCUCAGGCCCGCAUCGAUGACGACGGUUCAUUCGAUAGUCUGAACGACGACAUGAAAGGCCACGACUUUAUCGACAACAUUAUGUACAUCUACUACGGUACGAACGGGACGCUUCGGAAGGAUCUGGGCAGCAACGUAAUUGUGAUAGGGGCCGUCUUCGCACUGGCACCGCAGAUACUGACGGCAAUAAUACUGUUCCUGCGAAACCGCCGCCCCCGGCACUUCAACACGUUCUAUCCGAUUUGUCUGAAUAUGCUACUGACUCUAGCGGCGUCCAAUUUUUCGUUCGUGCUUGGAGUUCAAGCCACUCGCAAUCCAGUCAAAUGUGAACUGAUUGCCAUUGUAUUGCACUAUCUCCAUCUGAGCACGAGCAUCUGGUGCUUCAUCUACAUCUACGUGAUCUACGACCUCAUCGUUAACGAAUGUGGACCCAAGCUGAAGUACAACUAUCUGAUGGGCUACGGAGUUCCGGCUGUCUACGUUUUGUUCUCAUACGCCUCAUCAAUCGACACCUUCGAGGUGCAUCGCUACUGUUGGAUGUCGAUCCAGAAGGGCAUGAUCGUGAGCUUCAUGAUACCGAUUUCGUUCCUCAUCAUCCUGACCACGGUGCUGGGAACGAUCAGUCUGAAGAAAAUCUCCAGCAAACAGACGGCGAUUCUGUGCGAAAGCAUCGAAAGCAUGAUUGAAACCACCUCCAAGUGUAACGAUAUUAUGUUCCCACGGCUGCCCUCGGUAGGAGCUCACCUGGCCAACCGAAGCAACAGCUACCCGCAGCUGGAACUGAAGGAAAAAUGCUGCCAGGAAUACGCCAAUCAAAUGCUGGAAAAUCGCCAAUCGGUCGUUACGCUGCCGCAGCAAACUGUAGUAGGUCACGGAUUCAGCCUCAGCGGCAUCAAGAAGUCGCUGGAGUGCUACGACACCAGGAUCGACUUGGGGCAGCUCUCGUUGGCGGAACUGUCCACACCCAGUAUGGCGUCCGACAUUCAGGACUUUACCGAUUUCAAGCGGGCGAUCAAGUUCGGACUCUUCUUUCAACCGAUCUACUCGAUUUGCUGGUUCCUUAGUGUGAUCGCACUGGAAAAUAUGCAUUCGUGCGUGAUGCCCGUCAUCUUUGCCAUCUGUUUGAACAUUUUGAAUUGGUGCAUGUUGGUCCGUUCGUCCAACAUCUGCCCCUUCAUCAGUUCCGUGUCGGAGGAAACGCUGGAGAAGAACGGCAUCGAUUGUGCCGAUUCAAUGCUGAACGGUGCAAACGGCGGUCACGGAACGGACAACGAGACGACCCAGGCCAGCAUCUGCACCGACACGAUCCCGCUGCUGUGCGCUUCGAAUCCAUCGAUCAUCAACACGACAACCACCACCGCCCUGACGCCGAACAACAUUCUGAUCCCGAUGCCAUUCAACGGUGGUUCCCACCAGACUCUACCGUCGAUGGCGAUGGGAAGGAAAUUCUCCACCGGUUCUGAUCUGGAUCAACAGACGUUGAACUUCAUCAGCAGCAACAACUUGAAAAACACGUGGGAAUCCAGCGUGGACAUCAGUCACCACGUGAAGGCCAUCGAUUGCAUUAGCACAAUCAGCAAUUGAUUUGUUUGAGAGUAAAUCAGAAGACAGGUUGCGUUUGACGCAGUUAGUGCUUGAAAAAAUAACGGGCAUAUCAACGAAGACAUCAUAUCGAGACGACUGGCAACUUUGCUGUGCUUGAGCGAAGGGGAAGCAAACACAAAAAUAGCACACCAUUUGAGCGGCAGAAAAUUGAAAAGUUGCCAGUCUUCUUGACAUCAAGUCGUCGAUAUUAAGUAGGUACGUUGUUGAGAUAGGUAUUUGGAAUAUUUGACAUGUGAUACAAGAAAAUCUGAAAAAGUGGCGAUUUUCAUUAAUAAUCAAGUAGGCGAGAAAAGGGAAAACGGCACUGUAAAUAAAGAAACCUGUUCAAUCACAUCUUUUUGAACAUUUAUCAUUGAAUCUUUACCGGUAGAACCAAUAGAUAUACUCUGACAGCAACCAUAUGUAUUGCAACAUAUUUUACCGUAGUAGAAGAAAAAAGAGCAGAUUAACUAUAACAGUAGUAGUUCCUCUUUGAAUCAGUACAUACCGGAAUGUUCGUCUCGUAGAAUCGUGAUUUUACGUGAAAUUUGACGUCGUCGAUCCAACCGAUUGGUCGAUUGCUUAUUCUAAACAAAAGUGAUUAAGUCAUGGAAAAAAUCUUAUUCAUUCGACGGUUAGCACAAGAAACGUUUUGACAAACAAAUAGAACAGAAAAUAUGUGAUGCUAUUUCAGAUAAAACAAACAUAAAACUUUAAAAAUAGAAUUUUACCAUUACCAAUAUCAAUCAACUAGCGGGUAGAAACUUAAUUGCAUUAAUGAAGAUCCAUCGCAGCAUUACCUAUCUUUUUUUUUCUAUAAACAACAGUAAGCAAAACGCAAAAUGAUGACUUCAAUAAAUUAUAGUACAAACAAAUACUGUAAAGUGAUUCAGAGUGGAAGCUUUUCCAAAGUUGAGGCUAAUCAGCACUCAUUGUAAUACUUAUUGUGUUUUCUUUUACCGAGAUAAUGGAAAACAGACUAACAACAAACAAAAAACAGCAAUAACUACCUUAAGGUACAGCGAGAGCCUACAUAUUCGUUUCGCCUAGCACAGAUCCAUUUCUCUUUGAAUCCACAUUGUUCCGAACAUUAAUAAAUAAUCCAGCUCUUUCUUCAUAGAUGUCCUCUCUCUCACUCUCUACACUAGCACCUUUAAAACAUAACCUAGCCCUCGGAGCAACAUACUCAGCAAAUGAAGAUUCCUUCAAUUCUAUACCAGUACCAACUCGUAAUGUUUGGCUUGAAAAACAAAUUCCAACGAUAUUGUCUCUUACAUUCCCCAAGUCGUAAUAGGUCAUAACUACA